GGGGGAAAAUUUUCCGAAUGAAACAAACUAAUCGCAGCGACACGAAUCCUUCGAGUUGAAAUGUCGGCCAGCCCCUGCAAAUAGCGGGAAUACGAGGUACAGCCCCUCUAAGUCGAACAUCUCAUAGGAGAAUGGACGUUGGAUAUCUGCAAAUGGAACAAACACUCGACAAGGCAAGGAUAGUCAUUGCACGAGGCUGAAGGCGCAAGGCUGAAACCCUUUUCGCUGAUUUCAUCCCCUCAUCUCAUCUCAUAUUUCUCCCUCGCUCUAUAUUUUGUCCAUAUUUUCCCAGCAUAAGAGAGGUGUUUCUCUGUUUCUCUGUUUCUUUCACCAAAUCUCUUGCAGUUAAGUGGUCUAUUGACCUCUUUGACUCAUCCCGCAACCCCUCCCUCUGGGGUCCUCGUCAAGAUGAACCGCUUAAACAGGCAGUUCAUGAAGCUCAGGAAGAGGUCAGCCGAUGAGAACGACGUCGGAAUCCUUCUUCAUGAUUUCAGCGAAGCUGACAGCCUGCUGUCCAAGUUGAUUGAGGACACCUCUGCUUGGCGCGAUGGCUGGUCGGCUAUUCUUAACCACCAGGAGCGUGUCGUCGGCGAAUUCAAGUCGCUGUAUGCUCCCAUCCCCGGGAAUACCUCAGGCUUGCAAACCUCCACUACCCCGGAUGAUGUGACGUCACGGACCACCAAGCUCCACGACGACUAUGUGCAGCUACGCCAGGACUUGCUGGCAGAGCUCAAUUCUGUGGAUGAUUCCAUGAUUAUGCCUGCACGAGCGGCCAAGGAUUUUGUCAUACCCAUGAAGAAGACUAUCAAGCAGCGUCAGGAUCGCAAGCUGGACUUCGAACACUACCAAGGGAAAUAUGACGGCUACGCGAAGAAGCCCAAGCGAUCGGACCGGGACAAUGCAAACCUGGCGAAAACAGAGCAAGAGCUGGCCAACGCCCGAGACAUGUACAACCGCGCUGACGACACCCUCCGCGAACGUCUCCCUCGAAUCCUCGAAGCCAUCUACUCCCUCCUUCCGCCCAUCCUAGCCGUUCAGAUCCGUCUUCAAAACACCAUGUUAGCAAACUACUACACCGUCCUGCACACCUUCGCAGAGGACUACCAAUUCACAUCCCCCUCACCACCAAUGGAUCAGGUCCUCCUCGAGUGGGAAGAAGCGCACCUCCCCGUCCGCAGAGAAAUCGAAGACUUCCGCUGCCUCAUCAAUGGGAAAGCCCGACAAGGCAGCACCGCUCCCACCAACCAAAACAGCCCACCAAGCCCGCCUGCCCUCCGCGCACCCCCACCCGACAACGACAGCACCCGUCCCGCAAGCCCAGCAAGCAGCUACACACAGACAAUCUUCAGCCAGCCCCGCAACAGUAUAGACACAACAUACACUAUUCCCGAAUCUCCAGAAACAGGCCUCAAAUCGUCCUCUGGCUACAGCAGUACCCAACCCCGUCGUCCAUCCCGCAACCCCUCAACAUCCACAAUACCAACCUUCAACACACCAGACUACGGCAGCAACUCUCCACCAAAAACCCUCGCCCCAAAACCCUCCUCGUCAAGUCUCUCCACGACAUCAUUCUACACAGCCCAAACCUCCCUCUCACCCGCCCUCCCAGCAAGCACAACGCCAAUGGGCUCGGGCUACAAGCCCGCGGGACCAAGCCCGGAUUACUUCACUCGUCAAGCCGCUUCAAAACCAACAGCCCUCAAACCAACACUCACAACUACGUCCACCAAACCCCAAGCACCAGUCUGCAAUAAUUCAAUCGACCAACGCAUCUCUUCGCUCGGCGCUGCGGCGGCAGCAGCUGCAGUGAAGAAACGGCCUCCUCCGCCACCGAAACCGAAGGUCCAUUUGGUGACUGCGUUGUAUGAUUUCCAGGGACAGAGUGAGGACGAUCUUGUGUUUUAUGAGGGUGAUAAAAUUCGAGUCAUUGAGAAGACGGGUAGUUCGAAUGAUUGGUGGCAGGGAGAAUUGAGGGGGAUGAAGGGAUAUUUUCCGGCGAAUUAUGUGGAGUGAGUGGUUAGAGAAUGGGGUUAGUUUUGAUUCUGAUACCUGUUUACUGGUAAUAUACUACGGGUCUACCCCUGUAAUGGAUUGGCGUUAUUGGAAUGAGAUUUUCUGUGCACUCAAUGCUAGACUGAUGCGAUACCUUGUCCACCUUUCUAUACCUCAACACCAUUGUUAGACAACUAAUAAAAUACAUGCAUUUGAUACUACCUAACAGACUAAGCGCA